AUGGAGUCUCUCCUUCUAGCUCUCCCUUUCGUCUGUAAAUCAUGGCACGCUGCAUCUCUCAAUCCCUUAUGCUGGGAAAUUCUCCAUUUUCCCGAGUUUGAGCCCUAUCCUCUGUUCACUACCGUUGAUGAUACCAAUGUUGAGCCCAAGAGCUUUGGCCCAUUCUACAAUAAGUUUGUGGAGGAUUACAAGAUGGAUAGGACUCGGUUUUCGAUCACCGGUUUUGUGAAAUUGGUCGUCGAUCGUAGCAAGGGGAAGGCUGUUGAGCUGAAGCUGCCUCAGUUUUGUACCGAAGAAGCGUUGCGUUAUGCUGCGGAUGGUUGUCCUGGGAUUAGGUAUCUGCAUUUUACGGACGACUUGGUGUUUUUCAAGCAUUCGCAGAUUCUGCCGGAGGUGAUCGGAAAGUGGAAGCUUCUGGAGCAUUUGACUUUGGGUGGGAACAUGGAGAAUAUUAUGAGGCAGUUUCAAGUGAAGGGUGGGGAGCAUUUGAGUAGGGAUUUCGAGGAGAAGUUGUUGGUGUUGUUGGAUAAUGUACAUCCGAUUAGGAAUAAGAAUUUGCAUGAGAUUCUGGUGCAGGUUGGGAUUCACUGCAAACGGAUGCGUACUCUGCAUGUUUUUGAUGGAUGUGUGGGUGAGGAUGAGGCGUUGGCGAUUGCGGCAGGGCUGCCGAAUCUUGUGUUUUUUGACCUUGGAACAGUGUCGCAUUGA